GCGCGUGUGUCAAAGUAAGGGGUGUGAAGAAGAAGAAGAAUUUUGAAAGGCUGGUGGAAAAUCUGUUACAAAUCUGUGAAAAUUGUGCACUUGGCAAAAAUCUAUGCAUUUCCCGGUUGACCAUGACCUCGGUGAAGAGUCUGUGCGAAAAUAUGCCAUUUCGAUCAUCAGCAAAGUAUGAAGAAGUGAGCGAAAUCGGAAACGGAGCAUACGGUACAGUUUUCAAAGCAAUCGACAAACAAAAUCCCGGUCUGGUGGUUGCACUCAAAAAGGUCCGUGUUAAGCUCACGGAUGAUGGUGUCCCCAUGUCCACCCUCAGGGAAAUUGCCCUCCUGAAACAGCUAGAAUCGCAUUCUCAUCCAAAUAUUGUCAAGUUGAUUGACGUGUGCCAUGGUCAGAGACUGGAACGUGAACAGCAAUUGGUGCUGUACCUGGUGUUUGAGCACCUGGAACAGGAUCUGGCUGGAUAUAUACAGAGACUGCCUAGCACGGGAAUGACUCCUCAUACCCUUCAGAGACUCUCGAUGGAAUUGCUGACGGGAGUGGAUUUUCUCCAUUCCCAUCGCAUCAUCCAUCGAGAUCUCAAGCCCCAGAAUCUUCUUGUGUCAGCUUCAGGACACCUGAAACUUGCUGACUUCGGACUGGCCAAGACGUAUGACUUCGAAAUGAAGCUCACGUCAGUGGUUGUGACUCUGUGGUACCGAGCCCCAGAAGUUCUCCUCAAUCAGCCAUACACUAGUGCUCUGGACAUCUGGAGUUCUGCUUGUAUCAUUGCCGAAAUGUUCUCCAGGGAGCCUCUCUUUCCGGGAGCCUCUGAGAAGAAUCAAUUGGAUAGGAUAUUUGACUUGACUGGAAGACCCAGUGCGAAUGCCUGGCCGGCGGGAAUUUCCAUCUCGCGGGAGAGCUUCGCUAAUCGUUCGUCGAAGCAACCGAGAGAAUUAUGCCCAUAUCUUUGUGAAUACUCCAACGAUCUUCUUGCGCAAAUGUUGGCGUUCGACCCCAGAAGUCGCCCCUCUGCCAUGGAAUGUCUCCAUCAUGCCUAUUUUAAGCAGGAGCCACUCUAACGUCCGUCACGGCGAGUUUCUUAAAUUGUUUUUUUUUUUUUUUGGAUCCAGAUCUCGGCAUUUUUUAUCAGUUAUCACAUAGAUCGGGGAAAAGUUUAGUUAUUAAACUAGGAGAUAGCUUUAAGUAUUAUAGUUUGGAGUCACUGUACCAAAAUUAACCAAAAUUUUGUGAUAAAUGGACAAAAAAAACAGUUUUUUUUACAACGGAAAAUUAAAAUGACUUACAUUUCAAUUUCGAUCUUAAUUUUUGGGUACUUGUUUUUUGGAAAGUUGCAGUGAAUCUUUUUUCAGGUAGUUUAUUAAGCGAAUAGUGGUUAAUUAAUUCGUUUAGGUUGUUAAGUAGAGUGAUGUGAGUCUCACAGGAAAUAAUGACUUUCAGCGAGUUAGAAAAAAUGUGAGACAAGCGAAAGAACUGAUUUUUUUUUUGAGAAGAAGAGGGUUUCUCGAGAGAACUAGAACGUAUAAAAUCACGCCAUCAUCUUUACAAAAAAUAAAAUGUCAAUUAGUAGUAGAUUUAAGUGCAAAAAAAUGUAGUUUACCAAUGAAAGGUUCCAGUAAGGAACCUGUUAGAAUUAGGAAGGUAAAUUGUAUAGGAUGAAUACGAUUAGGUAGUAAAAGAAGAAAGCAAUCAUUUUCACUUAAAGCAAACUCACUCGAUCAUCGAAAUUCUUUAGGUUGUUCAACAUGGAAAUUAUCCUGGAAUGUGAUUGCAGUAUUUGGCAUUAUGACAAAAUUUAUACGAUUUUUUGGCGAUUUUGUAGUUUGUAAACACUUUUUUGGAAGAAAUAAAAGAGAAUUUUUAAGAAAAA